CGGUGAGGCACAGAGGAGUGAAAACUGGACGCUUUGCCGUUAUUAAACACCGCUGGUCCAGACACCGUAAGGAGUGAUCGGGCAGCGGGACCGAAAGUUAAUCGACCCAUUUGUAAGCCGCUGCGCGCUGUUGGGUGCUGUAUGGUGUCGCCGCGGGCCUGGUUGCUUUUGUUUUCGGUUACACCGCAGUUGCUUUGGACAGCUCAUUAGCUUCAAGUUGGAAAGCCAGCGCUAGCCCGGGGCUAGCUGUAUAGCUCUGUCGGCUGUUGGAGAUUUCACUGUGGCGUCCAUGGAUUGAUACUCUGACCAGGGUAAACGGUGGACUGCCCACACCUAUUCAAAGUUUUUUUUUUUAUUUUCAGGGAAAGAGCUGCCCAUGAGUCACUUGGAUUAAAAAUAGUUUAGGAGGAAUAAGGGGUACCGACGAUCUGGCAUUGCGACACUGUUUUCAGUGUCGAGGCUCAGAGAGUUUGCCGUCAUGUAUUUUCUAACCGGCUGGCCCCGGAGGCUGCUUUGUCCGCUGAGGAGUGAAGAGGAGCCCUUCCACAUUCAGCCCAGCUCCCAGAGGUUUUACUUCGCCGUGUUGUCGGAGACACAGCUCAGCAUCUGGUUUAGUCGGCCCAGUGUUUUGAUAGUCAGCUAUAUCGAGUCUGCAAAGGCGGCGGCCCAGUUUGGCUUCUACCAGAGGGCAGAAUGGAAACCAGACGACUCCAUGAUAGCUGUGGCGACUGCCAAAGGCUACAUCCUCCUGUUUGAUGUGCUGGGUAGAGGGGAUGACAAGUACCUCUAUGAGCCUGUCUAUCCAAAGGGAAGUCCUCGUGUGAAGGUGACCCCAGGUUAUAAGGAGGAGCAAUGUGCCCCGGCCCUGUCCUUAGAGAUGAAGAAACCUGUGGAUCUGGAGGCCCCCAUCACCAGCCUGCAGUCCCUCCAGGAGGACUUACUGGUGUGUACGGCAGACGGCUACCUUCACGUGCUGCACUGGGACGGGCUAGGCAGCAACGGGCGCAAGGCCAUCUGCCUCACUACAAUCCCCUUCUCGCUAGACCUGCAGUCUGCUCGAGGUGGUCCCUCUCUCGACCUGGAGGGAGUGUAUAUCCGUUGUAUGGAGUAUUGUGUUACCCUGGACGGCUUCGCUGUGGUCCUGAGUGACGGACGGCUGGGCUUUAUCACACCAAUCAGCAGCACCAUCACUGCAGACCAGCUACAGGGCGUCUGGGCAGCAGACAUCACUGAUGGCACCUGUGUGGCUGUCAACAACAAGUACAGACUGAUGGCCUUCGGCUGUGCCAGCGGCUCAGUGCUGGUGUACAUGAUAGACACCACAACUGGAUCAAUGCAGCUGUCCCACAAACUGGAGCUCACCCCGAAACACUACCCAGACAUCUAUAACAAGACAGGCCCAGUCAAGCUCAUCUGCUGGUCACCUGACUACAGCGUUGCCAUGGUUACAUGGGAGUGUGGUGGCCUAUCGCUGUGGAGUGUCUUUGGAGCUCACCUCAUCUGCACUCUGGGAGAGGACUUUGCGUAUCGUUCUGAUGGUACCAAGAAGGACCCCAUUAAAAUCAGCUCCAUGAGCUGGGGAGCAGAGGGGUACCACCUAUGGGUGCUCCCUAACAAACCAGAGAGGAGGAGACAGGAAGAGCAGGAGGAGGUGGAGAUGGUCGAACCUCCUCAUUCCUCCAUGCAGGCCGGCAUACUGCAGUUCCACUUCAUCAAGAGUGCCCUCACAGUCAACCCCUGCACGAGUAACCAGGAGCAGGUGUUACUCCAUGGUGAAGACCGCCUCUACCUGACCUGCGGUGACCCAACGCAGGUCCACAGCACGUCUGACUCACACCCACACACACACUUACACCCGCGCGAUGGCAGCCCGCUGCACCACCCCCCCAACCCCGACUCCUCUCUCUCUCAGGGACUCAGCACUUUACUUGGACACAAGCACUGGCACGUGGUCCAGAUUCACAGCACAUACCUAGAGAGCAACUGGCCAAUAAGGUUUGCAGCCAUAGACACAGCAGGCCAGUGCAUGGCUGUGGCAGGGAGGCGAGGCUUUGCACACUACUCCUUGUUCACAAGGAAAUGGAAGCUGUUUGGAAAUAUCACUCAGGAGCAGAACAUGACAGUGACGGGAGGUCUGGCUUGGUGGACUGACUUUGUGGUGGUGGCCUGCUACAACUUUAUAGACCAGCAAGAGCAGUUGAGGCUCUAUCAACGCUCAUCCAACCUGGACAACGCCUUUGCCUCGGUCACUAAGCUGCACUCAGACACUCUGCUGCUCAACGUCUUCAGAGACAUGGUCAUCCUGUUCAGAGCUGACUGCUCCAUCUGCCUCUAUAGCAUAGAGAAGAGGAAUGACAGUCCAAACCCGUCAGCCAGCGUGGAGCUGCUGCAGGAGGUGUCGAUGUCUCGCUACAUCCCUCACCCGGCCCUCGUGGUCUCUGUCACACUCACGUCCGUACGCACAGAGACUGGCAUCACAUUGAAAGCCCCGCAGCAGGCCUGCAUGGCAGAAAGCAUCAUGUUGAAUCUGGCUGGUCAGUUGAUCAUGCUACAGAGGGACCGUUCGGGUCCACAGGUACGAGAGAAGGAGACACCUGCUAAUAACAAGAAGCUGCUACCGUUUUGCCCUCCUGUUGUGUUGGCCCAGUGUGUGGAGAACGUGUGGACCACCUGUCGCUCCAACAGGAAGAAGCGCCACCUGCUGGAGGCCCUGUGGCUGUCAUGCGGCGAAGCAGGCAUGAAAGUCUGGCUGCCGCUGUUCCCCCGAGACCACCGCAAGCCCCACUCCUUCCUCUCCCGACGCAUCAUGCUGCCCUUCCACAUCAACAUCUACCCUCUGGCUGUGCUGUUCGAGGACGCCCUGGUACUGGGGGCAACCAAUGAGACUGUGCUCUAUGAUGGGCUGCAGGGAUCCUCGGAGCCACUGGAGGCGCUGUUCCCCUACUGCACUGUAGAGAGGACAUCCCAGAUCUACCUCCACCACAUCCUUAGGCAGCUGCUGGUUCGCAAUCUGGGUGAACAGGCUUUGAUGCUGGCUCAGUCGUGUGCCUCUCUCCCCUACUUCCCCCACGUCAUGGAGCUAAUGGUGCAUGUGGUUCUGGAAGAGGAGGCAACAUCGCGGGAGCCCAUCCCCGACCCUCUGCUGCCCACUGUGGCCAAGUUCAUCACAGAGUUCCCCCUCUUCCUUCAGACCAUCGUCCACUGUGCCAGAAAGACAGAGUACGCCCUGUGGAACUACCUGUUCGCAGCUGUGGGAAACCCCAAAGAUCUGUUUGAGGAGUGUCUCAUGGCUCAAGACCUGGACACAGCAGCCUCUUAUCUGAUUAUACUGCAGAACAUGGAGGUUCCAGCAGUGAGCAGACAACACGCCACCCUGCUCUUCAACACGGCGUUGGAACAGGGCAAGUGGGACCUCUGCCGGCACAUGAUCCGAUUCCUCAAAGCCAUUGGCUCAGGGGAGAUGGAGACUCCGCCCCCAACGCCUACAACUCAGGAACCCAGCUCAACUGGAGGUUUUGAGUUCUUCAGAAAUCGCAGCAUUAGUUUGUCUCAGUCGGCAGACUCCAUCUCUACAGGAAAGUUCAACCUGCAGAAGACCCUCAGUAUGCCCACUGGACCCUCAUCUAAAGGUCGGGAAGUGGAGUGUGCGGAGAACAUGUACAUUGACAUGAUGCUCUGGCGUCACGCCCGCCGCCUCCUGGAGCAGGUACGCCUCCGCGACCUGGGAUGCUUCUCGGCACAGCUGGGCUUCGAACUCAUCGGCUGGUUGUGUCGCGAGCGAAACCGCGUGGCCCAUGUUGACGAUUUCGUUUUGGCGUUGAAGAAACUCCAUAAGGAUUUUCUCUGGCCGUUCCCUGUGAUUCCAGUGGGAAGCCUCAGCUCGCCUCUGAAGAACGGACGGUGUCGCACAGUGCUGAGCACACGGCUGUUGAAGUCGCAGUCAGCUGACAGCCUGUUGAACAGCGACAUGGACACAGCGCCCCCUCAGGCAGCUCCCACCAACCACACCUGGCUGGACGGGCUUGGGCAGAGGGCCAAAGAUAUGGACACGGCCUCGUCCGCUCACUCCAACCAGCACUCAACUCAGACACAUGACGCCUUCCUGUCACUGCUUACCAACAAAGUGGAGGAGUACAGCAUCGGCUCGGCCACAGACCUGACUGAGACCAGCUCAGUGGUGGAUGGUGAUUGGACGAUGGUUGACGAGAACUCCUCCACUCUGAGCCUGAGCCAGGCCGAGCUGGAGCACAUCUCCAUGGAGCUGGCCAACAAGGGCCCGCACAAGUCGCAGGUGCAGCUCAGGUACCUCCUCCACGUCUUCAUGGAGGCGUGCUGUCUGGAGUGGUGUGUAGUGAUCGGUCUGAUCUUGCGGGACGCCAAUGUGAUCAAGCAGGUGAUCGGCUUCCUGGACAACCCGGAGGUUCCCCAGGAAACUGUGCAGAGUGUCCGAAACGGCUUGUUGGCCGUCGACACGUGGGCCUCCACCGACUGCCUGGGAUACAAACCAUUUCUCAACCUGAUCCAGCCGCAGCUGCAGCAGCUGAUGGACUCUGCGUCUGAGCAGGUGCAGCCUGAAGCCUUCCAGCCCACCAGCCAGAGCUCCAAACUUGGCGGCUCUGAAGGGCUGGGGGUCGCCGCUGUACCCCGACCCGAGGACAGCAGAGGGGUAGCGGCUCCUUUGGGCCUGGCCCUUCCCUCCCUCGAACCUGCGGGAGGUUUUUCUCGCCCCCCCUCCGAGGACUGUCCUCCUGAACAGACAGAGGAGCAGGGAGACGAGGAGGGGGCCUACGACUGCACCUUGUCCUGAACCCAGGGGGCCUCCUCUGGACUCUAAUAACCUGUGAACUUUGGGCCCCUGGAGGGAAAGAGGAGAGGAGGAAGCAGCAGCAGCAGCAGCGACUGGAAAUAGACUUUAUUUUCGUGUGUGUGUGUGUGCUUGUGUGUGUGCGUGCAUGUGUGUGUGUACUUGUGUGUGCACAGAAAGUACCUCUCCUGCAGGUUCUUAGAGUCAGUAUUAUCCACUCUUCAGAUUUGCCCUUUGUGUCGACUAGAGCCCCCCCGUGGAUACUGAGCUACCAAGAGAGCAACAGACAGCCCGACUGACACAAAGACAUCGCAGCUCAACCGGAGACAGGGUUCAGUCUGUUAGAGAAAGGUCACCUGUGUCAGAGCGCUGUGGUGUUUGGAAGCUGUAGACCAGCACAGGAAGGCACCAGGCUUUUUUUUUUUUUUUUUUUUUUUCCACUUUCCAGACAAAAAGCUCCCUUGUUUCCAUUGGUCAAUGCAAACAGUGCAAGAAUCAGCUCAAAGACAACAAAAAAAAAGAAACCUGAGCGUAUUUGAUCAUGGCAUCAUGCUAUGUUGCUAAGCAUAAUGUAGAACAAAGCUCUCUUCACGAAACCAUUUUAGGAGAUGCACUGAAGUGUGUCUGAGCCUACAGCAAGCGUGUGCCGUUCUGUUUGUGCGCACAAGAGGUGUUUCAUACUUUCAUACCUCAUAUGAUUUUAAAAAUAUUUUGUGAUAACCUUUUCAAUAAUGUAACAAUGUACAAGAUGACAUUAUUUUUCUAUCAAUUACACCUCGUUCCCUGUUGAGUCUCAAACUGCUCGUGCUAUGAAUUCUGUGUAAUUCCUGAGAGGUGAGAACCUUAAGAUGUCCAAGAAAAUGAUCGCUGGAGAAGAAUCCACCCUCGCGAGUGCAAACUAGUUUCAUACCUCUGAUCAGUACCUCCGCUCAUGUAUUUCUCGCGCACCGACCUCACCCCGACCUUGAUGAAGUCCAGGCCCAGAAGUGUCCCGGGGGGGGGGGGGUGGGGGGGUAUCUGCUUUUCUCCGCGUGGUCCAGGUUUUAGACAACAACCGAGGCAGAUCAGUGUUCCUUAGGCGAGCAGAUUUAAAACUGUGGAGGGAUGAAGCUCAUGGGUGAAACGUGCUAUAAGAACCAAAAUCAUAUGAUACGUUAUCCAGCUUUUAAACACAGUGUCAGUCUGUCUGACAGUUUCUAAUUGUGUUUCCUGAUCGUUGUGUUAUUUAAGCCAUCCUGCUCUGUAGAUUUUGUUGUACCCGUCACUCACUGCAGGGGCGCGAUGUGAUUCCCCAGUCGGUCGUGUUAACAGUGGCGCACGCCAGUAUCGUUUCUGAAAAAGAGGAUGAAAUGGUUGUCGCGGCAGUUUAACCUUCAUCAUCAUACUUCGUCCAGUCCAACAUGCAUAUCGCACCCCUGAACCGCUCGAGACAACGAUCACCGAUUUCACCGCGUGCGUUUUUGUGUGCUUCUGCGUGGGAUUUCUGAAUGCGUGUAACCGCGUUGUGUUUGACAGUGCGUCGAAAUGUUUUGGUGACUUUCAUCACGUGGAAUUGAUUUUAUUGUAUUAGUCAUCAUUAUUGCUAUUAUUAUUUAUUGGGCAUCGUAGCUGAAUGAUCAUUGCUGAAUUGACACCUGGAAAUGUGCUCCAUUUGUUUUUAUGAGUGAUAACAAACUUUUCCCCCCUUUUAGUUAAUCAAAGUCAUGUAUUGGCUCUCUACCAUAAGCACUAAAAGGUUUAUCACAGAUACGUCAGUAUUAUGUUGUGCAAUGUAUUGAAAUGUUACUCAGCUUUAUUUUUUAUGUUCACUACUUCUUUUCUGACCCCCCCCUCCACCAUCUGUUUGCUUUUACUUUUCGUGAUAGACCAAAUUUAUAUUUUAUAGAUAGAUUUCUUUGCUCUCUUGUCAGCGUGUACAAGAGUCUGGUGUGGUGUCUGAUGAAAUGUAGAUUCUUAAACGGUUUUUCUUUUCUUUUCUUUUUUUUUUUUAAUGAUUUGCCUGUAUUUGUCAAAACACUCUCUAUUCACAAAAGGGCAAAGUGACUUUGCGGCGCAGUGCUGCUGUCGCCGAUGUACUGUUGGUCACUCAGUGUAAAUCCCGUUGCACCCUCGUUCCAGUGGGGCCCGUCUCCACUCUGAACAAGCCUACAGCUACACUACGCUGCUCCGCUGUAAGCUUUAUUUGACUUGAAAACGGUAACUUGAUGAACCAAAGACUUUACGUCCAGAGGCCUUCUGUUUUAAGCGGUUGCUUCGAUUGAGCGCUCGAGUCAUUAUGCAGGGGGAACGAAACCUCUCUCUCUCACACACACACACACCACACACACACCACACACACACACAAUCCAUCCCUCUCAUCCGAAACAUAAGCAUCAAUGCUCAAAAACUAAUGCUGACAGCAUAUGAGACAAUUUCCUACGGAAAUGAAUAUUGCAGAUCUUUUAUGGUUUCCUUCUCUGCAGGCGAGGAGCGGUCGGUCAGGUGUGUCUCGUGGUACUCGGGUGUCACGUUCACUCACGAGGUGGACGGCGCUCCCUCCCUCCUGUGUACAGUUUAAAAGUAUUGCCUGUUUCCUGACUCUGAGUAAAGUUUUAUAUCUGAGGCAGGAGCAGCAGACAUCCUCAAUGCAGUGUAAAGAUACUCUCUUGUACAUUUGCCUUUUCUACUCAUGUUUGGUUUUCUACUUCAUUUUUUUCCCCUUGUACAUAAAGACCAAUAAAUUAUUUUUAAAACUG